UUAUUUUGCAAUUUAGAAUAAAAUACCAUUUUCGAGUUCGAUUAUUUAUUAUAAGUUCAAUACGUACAGCAACAACCUCAUUAUGUUAAGUUAUGAAUGUCUUACUCAAUAAUUUUGACGCGAACAUAAUGACGCGAGAAUACAGUGACGCAUGUACAAAAACAAAACAAAUACUUUACGCUUCAAAAGUGUUAUUUUUUACAUACGUAUAUAGGAGGAGUAUCUAAAUCUUAAGGUGCUUAGAUGCCUUUACUCUGACAUCCUGUAUCAAUUAUUAUUGAUUGCGGCAUCUUUGUAAUUCGCACGGACAUUCCUGAAAUCAUCGGUCGAGUCAACUCAGAAGGAAACUUAGCGUUCAGUCGUAUUCCAAACUUUGUUCAGACAACACGUAUCGAUAGAUCGAACACCACAUGUUCUGUCAAGAAUAUCGCGAAAAAUAAUCUAAUAGAAAUAACAUUGAUCAAUAAACUCUUUAUAGAGAUAAAGUUUGCUUCGCGCGUUAUUGUCAUUAGAAUUGAUCCUUGCGAUAAGGAAGCAUCAGCGAUGACUUUAGAGUGUAGUUAUAAAUCAAUUUUUUUACUGUUAUUAUUAUAAAAUGUGAUGGAUAUAGUGUUGUUUUUAAAAUGGUGAUUGUGUGCUGAUUAUCAUCGUCUUGAAACUGUUUGACGUUAGAAAUGUAUUUUUGGAAGCAAAACAUUUUAGCUGUGUGCAUCUUCCUUCUUGUGAGAAGAUCAUCUUGUGAUGAGGUGCAGGGGAAAAGCGCUGGCGGCAUGGCCGAGCUGAUCAACACCAACAUCACAGUCCUCAGCGCCAGGAGCAUUCACAUGGCCGGCUACCACCUGCACGAAAUACAGCACUUAACUAUAAUCAACGCACCAAGACUGAACCACAUUGUGGUGGAAGAUCUGACUAAAAUGCCGAAACUAAAGUCAUUCUAUAUCUCUCAGGCGCCGAUGCUUGAACGCAUAGCGCCACUCCCGCCGUUGCCGUUACUGCGCACAUUUAUAGUGAUCACAUCGGGGUUGGUGGAGGUCCCCAACCUGAGUCACGUCCACGACUCUAAGAGGGAUAAGACGCCAUAUCUGCAAGUGAUAGAUUUGGAAGGCAAUCACAUUAGGAGGAUACCAGCGCACGCGCUCCGAAUCUCCGCCGAUCAUGUGUCGCUGAAUCUAAACCUAAUCGAGGAGGUCCCUGCGUACGCUUUUAAAAAUGCAGUAAUUUCAAAAUUGAGCUUCAAAGGGAACACGAAGUUGAGUCAGUUGGACGAAAACGCAUUCGCUGGAAUACUUUUGUUAAGACAAUUGGAUCUGAGCAGCACAGCCAUUAGUACUCUACCUAUAGUGGGCCUAGAGAACCUACAAGUCCUGAAGAUAGAAAAAACCCCCACCCUUAAAUACAUUCCGUCGAUCUACGACUUACGGCAACUGAAGGAAGCCCGUCUGACGCACCACUUCCACUGCUGCGCGUUUGCCUUCCCCGAGCGCCACGAUCCUGAGAGACACAAGAUCUACGAGGUCCAGAUCGCACAUUUGAAACAGAAUUGCGGUAAGCAGAAAACUUCAGAUACGCGCAAAAAACGAUCUUUAGGAGCGAUAAAAAAAACUGUGAAAGACGAUAAAUGGGACUACGAUGACAACUCAACGUCGGCCACUAACGAGGAGUACGGCUUCAAGGGGGACCCUGACAUGUUCGACUCCGACAGCUCCGAGGAUGACGACCAGUUCCAUGACCUCGUCGAGGCCAACUCCACCAAGCCACAGUUCUCGUACAACUGUGAAGCUCUCAUUAUAAGCAAGCGCACCGUGGAGUGUACUCCGAAGCCGAACGCGUUGAACCCAUGCGAGGACGUGAUGGGAUGGACGUGGCUGCGCGUUAGCGUGUGGCUGGUGGUGACGGCGGCGGUGGUGGGCAACCUCGCCGUGCUCAUAGUCCUGCUGGCCGCCACCUCCGAGCUCACCGUGCCGCGCUUCCUCAUGUGCCACCUCGCCUUCUCCGACCUCUGCACCGGCCUCUACCUCUUCAUGCUGGCGGUCGUCGACCUCCGCUACUACGGCGUCUUCUUCAACUACGCCUACGACUGGCAGUACGGCGUCGGCUGCAAGAUAGCCGGCUUCUUAUCCGUAUUCUCCGGCCAGUUGUCCGUGUUUACGCUGAGCGUGGUCACGUCGGAGAGGUGGUUCGCGAUUACGUAUGCUAUAUAUCUGGAGCGCCGCAUGUCGUUGAGUGCGGCGGCGAAGAUAAUGAUUGGAGGAUGGUUGUUCUCCGUUGUCAUGGCGGGUCUUCCACUGGCGGGAGUUUCGGAUUACUCGUCGACUUCCAUCUGCUUGCCGGUCGAGAGUAGAAACGUCGGCGAAGGCGUUUACCAAGGAUCGCUGUUCUUGACUAACGCUGUGGCGUGGCUUACUAUCGUGGUGUGCUACGUGCAAAUAUAUAGAUCUCUUGGGGGUGGCGGCGAAAAGUAUGGCGGCAGAGGCGCGGCAGCCGCUGCGGAACGACGCAUCGCGAACAAGAUGGCCAUGCUGAUAGGCACUAACUUACUGUGUUGGGCGCCCGUCGCGUUCUUCGGCGUUACGGCACUGGCCGGGGCGCCGUUGGUCGAUGUCAGUCACGGAAAGGUUUUGCUCGUAUUCUUCUACCCGCUGAACGCCGUCGCAAACCCAUUCCUGUACGCGAUACUAACGAAGCAGUAUCGCAGAGACUUCAUGAUGCUCAUCGCACGAACCGGCAAAUUUAAUUGGUUAGUUGAAAAAUACAAGUUGGCCACUACGCCUCCUCCGACGGCCCACACUAACCCGUCGGCGAACCCGGCCACUCUCGUACCUCUGGUGGAAUAUAAUCGUACUCAAUCGCAAGUCAGCAAAGAAAAUGGUGAUGCUUUAUUUUAGGCUAAGUUUACUUGUAAUGUUUAUUAGUCAUUAUAUUAUAACUGCUUUUAUAAUUAUAAGAGUAUUUAUUAAGUGCCUUGUAUUUCAUUUACUCCGCUGAAGAUUGUUAUGUUCACGCAGAUAGAAACAAGUUGGGAAGACUGAUAGCUUGGAGCAAAUUCCAAAUCUAGGCCACCUAAAUUUCAACUCUUCAA